UUAUAAGUGAAUCCGGCCAUGUGAGUGUCCUGAGCUGCAUCAUUCCUGCCUCCACUUCACUUCAGAGCUACUCCCCCUGCGGAAGCAGCUGCGAAUGGAUUAUCGUCGUGCGCUGUGUCUCUGCAGACCAGAGUCCGAACACAGUGGACUAAAUUAAGACGACAGGGACAGAAGCGGCUCGGAGAACACAGUGAAGACCGCAAUGGAGAUUAGCUGAACCGCGAAAGAAGAGAACGGUGGUUCAACUUGUUAUGACCGACAAGCGGGGUGAACACAUGGCGGUGUAGCUCGUAACCUUCAGCGAUUAAACAGCAUCAACAAACAUUAAGGGCCAAUAAAGGUCGGAACUACCUGAAUACCUGCAGUGUUUCUCAGCAGUACCGUUAGCCUCGGCUCAGUGCACACAGCGCUGACAUUGAGAGACGAGGCUGAGAAGAAACGCAGUCAACUGGACACGAGAAAGUUUGUGAAGCUUGGUGCAGACACAGCGGGUGAACAAUGGGGCUGACACCGACAAAGUCUCUUCUCUCAGCGACAGUUGUGUUAAUCCUGCUGACUGUCCGCUGCUCCGACGGUAUCUCAUUGUCCCCUCAAGAGGCGAGCCAUUUUCUGAGCAGACACAGGAGGGCUAAUCAGGUUUUCGAAGAGACAAAGCAGGGACACUUGGAGAGGGAGUGUGUGGAGGAAAGGUGCUCCAAGGAGGAGGCCAGAGAAGUGUUUGAAAAUGACCCAGAGACUGACUACUUUUAUCCAAAGUAUUUAGCCUGCAUGAACAAGUUUGGAGACUCUGAAAAGAAGAAACAGGAUCUGAUCACAUGUGUCCAUAAUAUUCCAGACCAGUGCUCUCCUUCUCCCUGUAAUGCCAGAGGUACAGUGCGCUGCGAGGACAAAAAGGGCGACUUCCUGUGUCACUGUUUUACGGGCUGGAUGGGAGCCAGGUGUGAGGAAGAUGUCGAUGAGUGCAGUAAGAGAAACGGAGGGUGUGAUCAUGUGUGCAACAACACUAUGGGCAGUUACCGCUGCUCUUGUCACCAAGGCUACAUGUUGGUGGGACGCCAGAUGUGUAAUGAUGUGAAUGAAUGUGAGGACUCAAAUGUGUGUGGAACAGCACGAUGUGAGAAUAUGGAUGGCAGCUACAAUUGCUUGUGUGAUGCCGGCUAUGUCUACAACAAUGAAACCAAGAGAUGUAUUGAUGUGGAUGAGUGUUUAGCAGGUGUGUGUGCCGAGGAGUGUCUGAACACUCCAGGGAGUUUCCGUUGCUUCUGUGAUGGUCGGCAGGGCAUGAAGCUGGGUGAAGACCUCAGGAGCUGUAAGUCCAUCUCUCCCUGCUUGAUGCCUUCUCUGAGGAAGAACCCUCGUUCUCUUUACUUGGGCCGCAUGUUCAGUGGCGUGCCAGUGGUGAGGCUGCGUUUCCGUCGGAGGAUUCAAACUGGCUUUUCAGCAGAGUUUGACUUCCGCACCUAUGACCCUGAGGGGGUGAUUUUCUUUGCUGGAGGUCACUUAAACAGCUCCUGGAUCGUGCUGGCAAUUCAUCAUGGGAAGCUGGAGCUGCAGCUGAAGUAUGGCACAGUCAGCAGGGUCACCAGCAGUGGACCACUUGUGAAUGAUGGCCAAUGGAGAAAGAUCUCUGUGGAGGAGCAGGGCCGCAGUCUAGUGAUCAAAAUCAACACGGAGGCUGUGAUGAAGAUUGCAGUCAAUGGUGAUCUCUUUACAGUGAAGAAAGGCAUGCAUGAACUCAACUUCACCGUGGGAGGAGUCCCCUUCAGAGAGGAUGGCCUUGUCAAUCAGGUGAACCCACGUCUAGAUGGCUGUAUGAAGGAAUGGCGGUGGCUGACGGGUGAAGACACCUCGAUACAAGAAACCAUUCAAUCAAAUGACAACAUGCAGUGUUUUAGCUCUGAGGAUCGAGGAGCCUAUUACCCCGGCACUGGCUUUGCUCUCUUCAACUUCAGUUAUGAAUUACAUAACCUGAGUGUCCAUUUGACCUUGCGUCCAACAUCUGCUCUGGGAGUGCUCUUUAUACUUGUUUACCAGGACAAAGUCCCUCUCUCCAUUGCUCUGGCCAACUAUCAUCCUGGCACUGGCGAAUGGCGAGAUUUUGUUCUGGUUUCUACAGGUGACUCCAUCAUUGCCAGUUUUCCUGCUCUACUGUGUGAUGGUGCGAGUCAUGCAAUUCAGGUGACAAUCUCAGGAAACCAGACCCUGCUGCUGGUUGACGGUCAGCCUGGACGAAGUGAAGACACUGAAGUUCCUACAAACCUGCUGUCACAAUCCAGCACCUUCACAGGAGGCCUCCCUGAUGAUGUUCCUUUGGUUUCCACACUGGUGUCAGCACCCUACAGUGGUUGUAUGGAUGUCAGCAUAAAUGGACACUCUCUGGACUUGGACCAGGCCAUCCAUAAACACAAUGACAUCCGCUCACACUCCUGCCCCCUUCUGGAUUUUCAACACUGACCAGUGUGCCAUUCUGCCAAAAACUGAUCCAUAAGUGGCCGACUGAGGUAAUGGUGAUGAUUUCCAGUAUGCAAGCUUUGACCAGUGAUGAGAUCUUUAAAAUUAGAAUUGAAGAAAAAAAAAAAAAAUAGACCAGGUUUUGUGAUGCAGGUGGAGCGUCUCCUUUUACUAUGAUGACACUGGUGCCUAUUGGUGAUUUUCACAGUACUGUAAAUCAAUAGAUAAGUUAGUUAGACAAUAAGUGACAUCCCCUCUACUAGGCAGAUCCAUGUUAGAGGCUUCGUCUUUGGUGAGUCUACCACAACUGACAUCUUGUCCCUGGAACUUUGUAGACACAGUGGCUCUUCACUGCAGCGAUUUAGCUGUUAGAGCAGCGGUCAUGUUGCCUAAGUCCAGCUCACUGCAGACCCUAGCGCACAAAGUCUGGAAUUAUCAAGUGCUCAUGUAGAAUUUAAUUACACAAAAAUAGUCCCACACCAUUCAAGAAAAUAUGAAUUUUGGUGCUCAGAUCAUCAUGAGAUUUUAGGGGUUGAUUUAAGAUCAAUUUUAUUUUUCUCCCUUAAAAAGCUGAAUCCCCUUCCUCCCCACAACAUGGAGGCUUGAUGUCACUUGUUAUCUCUUAAAAUCAUAAGUACAACCAACGUAAACUUUUUAACAGUUUCCCUGUCAACUGCUCAAUUGUUUCACACAGCCACAUAAUGCAACUCACAAAGUAGUUAUACCACUAUGCCUAUACUGUACCUGUGCAUUUUAGAAUAUUUCAGCCUGUCAGAGAGCUGACUGACCCCCUGAUUCUCAAUAAUCUUUAGUUUAAUGUAAUCACAAAGGCCCCUUAUAAACACCCACUCUGUAAAAACCCUGCUACCUACAGGCUGAUAGAUGAGACACAGUCCUGAUAUAUGAGACAAAGAAGCACAGGAAGGGGCCAUGAAGGUGUCGAGAGAGAAAGAGCACUGCAUCAAUCGCACCACACAAGCUACUGAGAGUCAAAAGAGUGCGCUGUAAAAUACUGAGUUGUGUAAAUAAUGUGACCGUACAAUGCUUUGUAGAAGACAGAAAACAAACACUACCUUAUGCUCACGGAGGUUUUCUGCACAUUUAAGUUAAUCCAAAAUUGAACCGUAAUCCGAGUCUCUU